UCCUGCUUUGAAACUUCGUGAACUCGGAAGAUUCAACAUGACACUCGAGAAUAGUAGAGGCUAUUUUGUUUUUUGUCCUCAUUGGCUAACGUACAUUACUAUUUCUCUCUCUCUCGAAUACCUGCCGAGUAGAAUCACAAAAUGGUAGAGAUAAAAAUGAGACACUAAGGAGGUCGUCAAAAGGUGAAAUUAUAGGAGAAAUACGGAAUUUUAUUCAGGGGCGUAUUCAUUGAAUGUGGCACAAGAGAGGCCUCUCACUUUGACUAAUGACUCUUGGCUUGUUGAACAAUAUUUUGACCAUCAAUGUAUUUAUUCAUAGACCGGGCAAAAUUGUACUUCAUACUUUCUAUGGUUAGGUUACAUGACAGUUCAUAGUGUGCAUCAUGAAUUAAAUACUUACACAGUAAAAAACUCCGAGAUACAAAUGAAGAAUAAAAUUUAAAUAAUAAAAAUUAUUUUCAUGCAAGAAGAAAAAAUAAAAUUGAUAUUGAUGAAACAACGAAGUUGAUGUUAUGUGGUGACAAGAGGAAUAAACAGUAACAAUGAGUACUAAUGAAAAUUGGCAAAAUUACAGCGAAAAAAAGUAUACAGAAUUAAAAACAAAACAGUCUGUUAAAAAUAAGAUUGAAGAUGUGAAAAGCAAGUUGCAUAUUGGAAAACAUCAACGAAAGAAACAAGGCGUACCUCUUAUACAAUUUUUGCAAACUGAAUUAACACGAGGAUAUCAAUUGGAAUAUGACGAGGAAAGAUUUUCUGCAAGGAGGGAAAAAAUUUAUUCUUUCAUGAAAAUUCCUAGAGAAGUUGAAAAAUUUAUGGCCUAUGGAUUUCUACAAUGUGCAGACUCCUUUUUGUUUGUUUACACAUUUUUACCAUUACGAUUUACAAUGGCCUUAUGGACGGUAAUCACAAGACUUCUAUGGCAAUGCUUUGGCAAGAAAAGAGAUAAUUUAAGAGUUGGAGAGAGACGUCUGAGACCAGCAGAGAUUUGCGAUCUUUUAAAAGGGUUUCUAGUAAUUUGCUGUUGGGUAGUUACUUGGAAAGUUGAUACUUCCAUGAUGUAUCAUUUAGUAAAGAGUCAAUCAGUAAUAAAAUUAUAUAUAUUUUAUAACAUGCUGGAAGUUGGUGACCGAUUGUUUAGUGCCUUUGGUCAGGAUACAAUAGAUGCUCUUUUAUGGACUGCUACAGAGCCUGGAUCAAAAACGCAAACAGGAUCUCAACAUUUGGGUACUCUACCACAUUUACUGUUUGCUGUUACUUAUGUUUUAUUGCAUAGCAUAUUGGUGCUCUUCCAAGCAACCACUCUUAAUGUAGCAAUUAACAGCAGCAAUAAAGCACUACUUACUAUAAUGAUGUCAAAUAAUUUCGUUGAAUUAAAAGGUUCUGUCUUUAAAAAAUUCGAUAAGAAUAAUCUAUUUCAACUAUCUUGCGCGGAUAUAAGAGAACGUUUUCAUUUAAUGAUGCUUCUUUUUGCUGUUACUCUUCAAACAUUGAAAGAGUAUGCUUGGAAAUCAGAACGUCUUGCAGUACUCUUACCAGAUUGUAUUAUGUUACUGUUAGCAGAAGUUCUUGUUGAUUGGGUAAAACACGCGUUUAUAACUCGUUUCAACGAACUUCCUUCCACUGUAUACAGGGACUAUACAAUAAGCUUAGCUUACGACAUGGCUCAACCUCGUCAAGAAACUGCAUUUUCUGAUCCCUCAGACUUGGUAGCUCGCAGAAUGGGUUUUAUUCCUCUUCCCCUAGGUGUUGCAAUAGGAAGGGUACUUUCUACGACAAUCACGCCUUCCCCAAAGGCAGCGAACAUCAUUUUAUUACUUCUGGCUUAUCUAGUUUUGAUAGCCUUUAGAAUUCUAAUCAGUUUGAUCAUCCUUGGCAAAGCAUGCGAUAUUAUUUCCUCACAUUCAGAGGAAUCCGAUGUUGUGGUUGCAUCUUUAAAGGAUUGCUCUGGAAGUAACCCUGAGUCGAAAAGCACAAAUAUAGCGACCGCAAUGUUUUCUAAUAGCUCAAUUAGCUUAAACAAUGUUUGCUUAAAUGAAGCAAUGCUUACAGAAGAAAUAUUAGAAAAUACUGAGAAAAUUAACAAAGGAACAAUUUAGUAAAUAUUAUUGUCUUCGUCAUUUCCAAAGAAACAUUCUUAAAUGCAAAAUCAAAUGAUCUUACUGACACUUUUGCAGGAAAGACCUGUAUAAAUGUAAGUAUUGUCUAUUCAGAACUGUGAUAUAAUAAGUAUCUUACAUUUACAGGAAUAAUUAUUUUAGCAACCUUUGUUAAAAGGACAGAAUUCGAGUGCAUAUUUUAUUAUGACUAUACCGAUUGGUAAUAUAUUGAUAUAUAGUAAUAUAUUGAUUAUUUGUGGGUUGCAUAGAAAAUUUGUACUUUAUUAUAGAAUUAUUACUAAAACAAAGGAGUGUGUGGUUAAAGUAAUUACGUGUUGAGCUAUGCCAUAAUAAAUUAAAGUAAUUGGGGCUAUUUUAAUUUAGCUAGUUCAAUUUUAUUUUUAUGCUGCUUAAAUAUAAGUAAAAAGUAUAUGGUGCAUAAAAUGAAAAAGUAAUUUAUAUACUAGUGAAAAGGUUGUAAUAAAAUUUAAAAGAGGUUGAGUGAAUAAAGAAAGUUAAUAUACCCAUGUUCAGAAACAUUGAUUGUAAGCAUACUACUGGUGUUUAUGUUAAUUUAUAAAAUUGAAACUCUGUUGCACAUUAUUAAUAUUUCCAUUUUACCUUGUGUUACAGAUUUAUGUACUCUAUACAUGCGUAGAAUUCACCAUAUAAUAAGCAAAUAAUAAUUUAUUGAUAGAAUUGUUUUUUGCCUGUUAAAACUCUAGAAGAAAUUAUUCAUUUUUAUUGAACAACAAAUAUUUCGAUAUUUUAGAUGCUUUGAUUGUUUUGAGUUCAAUUAUACUUUAUAAUUAUAAUAGUUAUUUCGUGAACAUGAAAUUUUAGAUUUUUGUUACAAAAGUAUACAAUAAGUAUAGUAUAACUGUUAGUCGUUUCUUCAUAAAUUAGAGACUCAUUUUUAACAUUAUAACAUUACAUAAAAAUUAGGCCUCAUGAUUAAUUUUCAAAUAAAACAUUUUCGAACAUAGGUCUAUAUAAACUUUUCUAUUACUAUAAAUUUAAUCAAAUUUUAUUUGUACCAAUAAAAUUCCACUGAUAUAAAUUUUAUACAAACUUUUUCAGUUACUCUGUAUAUACAAUACAUAUAUAGAUGUUUCAUGGUGCAUGCCCAGUUAAAAUAUUGUCUAUUUUAUUCUUUUGUUUAACAAAGUAUACAAUGUAAAUACAUUGUAAAUAUGGGAUAUAUCACUUAACUAUAUCACAUAAAAUAUUUUUUACAUCUUCAACAAUUUACUUUUAUGUACAAAGACAGCAUAAUCUUUACUUUUUUGUAAUAUCCUUGGCCAGAGUGAAAAUAUUUUCAUUUUAGUACAUGUAGAAUAGUAAUAAAGAAAUAUUUAUGAUAAAAGGAAUAUAUCAAAUGAUAAAGUUAAGUGAAACACCUUGUGUAUAUAGAUUCUGUAUAUACAUCAAAUCUGUGUCAGAAACAAUUUUAGAGGCAAUGAUGUUGAAUGCUUAAUAAUGUCCAUUACAGAUUAAAUAUACUGAGCAACAUUGUAAUAUAUUUUUAAUCUCUAAAUAAAGAUAUAAAAAUGAUGAGUAUUUAUGGUUAUUAUGUAAAUAAUCGCCAGGUAAAGACAUUAACAAAACUAAAAAGUAAAUGGUAAAAUUACCUUUUUAAUGGUAAAGAUAGUUGAAAAUAAUUCAUUACUGUACAUAAUUGGAACAUGUAAAUGUUAGAACAUUCACAGUUUGGUAUUACAUUAUCAUGAACACUUUUAAAGGGUGUAGCAUGAUAAGAGGGUCAAAAAUACUCUUAAACCGAUUUUACCCGUAAAAGUUACGUUCGAUAGCUUACCUAUAAAAAGCAUUGUACACCAAUUUUCAACCUUUUAUCUCAACCAGAAGAGCAGUUACAGAAUAAAUUCGAAUUAUCAAGUUUUGUCCUAUUUUCCCUAUUUCAUGGUACGUAAAAAUUCUGAAAAAAUUCUGAGACAUUUUUGGCACAGCAACAUAUGACUGAGAAUUUUUUCUUUGCAAAUCCUUAACGUGAAAAAUGUGAAACCUUCAAAGAUAUUAAAAAAUGUAGAUUUCGUAUUGAAGCUUUCGAGCGACAACUUUUUCAUUUUUACAAUAGUAACAUAUUAGUAUGAAUCAUUUCUAAUUUUUUUCAGAUUUCUUGGCCUGCUGCGCCAUAGUUAACAAAAUGGAAAACUAAUUUUUUUAAAGUCAAGUUAUUGUAGUUAAUCGAAAACGAAUAUGUGUCAUCUACCAAAAUUUCAUCAAUGUUUUCAUCGAUGCGUUUGACGAAGCUUUACAUUAUCCGGCUGCGGAACGGCUGGACGUUUUUUUGUCGUAGAAUUGUUCGCGCCCCACAGGAUACUUACAGGAAAUGAACACCUUGAAAGAAUAAGAAAAAUAAAGGCAUUAACCAAGAUGUUUAUUCUUUUAAACUAAAGAAUAAACGUCUUGUUAUUUCUCAGAAUUUCAAAAUGAUUUCUAUUGGAGUUUUAAUGGAUAAGAUGGUAUGCUAUAUAUUAUUAUAAUUACAAUAUAUUCCGUUAAAAACGAUUGUUUUAGAAUCAUGGCGUUGCUCACAAUUAAUUUAAACAAUCAAGGUUGUAGCUUGAGAUCCUUUUCUUUAUUCUAAAAGUAUGUUUUUGUAUGCUUGAUUCCAAUUGUUAUUACAGAAUUAUGUUCAAAGAAUUCGUUCAUAAAAGAGAAGGUAAGCUUGACUUCGCAGAACGGUUGUUUCAUCGACCUCUGUUACUCUGUAAGAGAAAUUUCAUGUAAAUUUUUAUUUAUGUAUACUGGAAUUGAACAUUAUUUAAUUAGUUAUCUUAAUUCAUUCAAUCAAGUAUAUUUUUUCUUAAUACAGUUGCAGAUACACUAUUGGAUAGAAUUUUAGGAUGUCUUAACAUUUAGAAUACGAAAUUUCUGUAAAUAUUAACAGUUUAUUUACAAACGGCUUUAGUAGCAUAACGAUCUAGUAAAACUCGAUAGAAUAAAACAUCAAAUGCUCAAUAUAAUUUCUACUGUUAAAGCUUGUACUAAUACAUUAUGCAAAUUUCAACUAAUAUAAUUGUAGUUAGUAAAUAUAUUUAUCACUGAGUUUGUUUUUAUAUUGUGUUAUCAUGUGAGUGACCUGAACAGUUCAAUAUCAGAGAGUACAUACCUAGAAUCGGAGACAUAAUACCAUUUUCCUGGCGGUGGUUCCACUGUAGUUGGGAGACUGGCAGCUGCUUCUUCACUCUCAGAAUCUGAAUUUGAAGAUAAUGUUCCUUCAGUCUUUUGAGUAUCCUUAGACGAUAGAAACGACCAUCGGGGAUCAUCCGAUGUUAAUGGUGCACGCGACUGCAAAAACAACACUCGUUCAAACAUAAAUAAAACCGAUCUCCCUUAAAGGACUGUAAACGUGAAUAUAAUGCAGGUAACAUUAACAUUAGUAAGUAUUAUAGUAUAGUUAGAUACAAAAAUAUUUUAUUCGGUUAAUGAAAAAUUAAAAAAUAAUUAAAAGAUAAUAGAAAGUAUAUUAUAGAAAUCCCAAAUAAAAUUUAAUAAAUAAAAGGGGACUGACAUUAUACAUUAUACAUUUUUACCUUCACAUAAGCAACGUAAUGUCCACCACGAAUAGUUCCACUAUGUUCAACAACUCCAUAUAAUGCAUACACUUUAGCUUUUUUGUGAUUUUUAGACACAGGUGCUAGAUCGAGUAUUACUGGAAAUGAAACAGGCCUCGUUGCUUUUCGAAAAUCUAGUCGUUGUGCUUGAAAUCGUUUCAGAUGAAGUAUCAAAACUGCAGGUACUCGAGAUAUCAGGUACUGCUUUGUACUAGGUGUACGUAUCAUUUUGCAGUUUUCUUUGAUCUGAAACAAUAGAAUGCAUUUCUUAAAUAUUUAAAACGUGCGACGAAUUGAUAAAUGUCAA